AUGGGAAAUUCAUGUUCGACGUUAUGGCCUUUAAAUAUCUGUUUGAAAUCAUCAGAAACAUCACAAUCAGAGGAUGAACGUAGUGUCCCAAAGAGAAUGACUAAUUCCUUAGUUGUUUCUUCAACUGUAAAGCAUACAGCUACUAUUAUUUUCUUACAUGGCCUUGGUGAUGUGGGCGGGAGUUGGCAUGAUGUAUUUAAUAUGUAUCGUAUUGCAAAAUCUGUGCCAUACGCAAAAUUUAUUUUCCCGACAGCUCCGACACAAAAAGUAACUUUAAAUCUUGGAAUGUCGAUGACAACUUGGUUCGAUAUCUAUGGACUUGAUCCAAGCGUUAAAGAAGAUCAAGAUGGCAUUGAAAAGUCGUGCAUGUUUUUAAGCAAUCUUAUUGAAGAAGAAAUUAAAAAUGGAAUUCUACCGGAACGAAUUAUGAUCGGUGGUUUUUCUAUGGGUGGUGCUGUUGCUCUUUACGCCGCGCUGACAUCUCCUCACACACUUGGAGGCAUUAUAGCUUUAUCAACAUGGCUUCCUCUAUCAUCAACAUUUCCUCAAGCACUUGUAUCAGGUGAUAUCAAAGUUGAUUUACCAAUUAUUCAAUGUCAUGGCGAUCAAGACCCAUUGGUUCAAUUGAGAUGGGCUCGCAUGACUGAACAAAGAAUUAAAGCAAUGGGCUUUAAACAUUAUACAUUUAAAGAAUAUAGUGAUAUGGGACAUUCAUCAUGUGGUCGAGAAAUGAAGGAUGUUAGCUCAUUCAUUGUACAGCAUUUACCAAAUAUAGAUUGA